GUCGGGCAUCGGCUCGUCGGGGCUGCCGGGCCGGUUUCCGCGGGAGGCGGCAGCGAUUGGACAGGUCUGGGUCCAAGAUGGCGGCUAACGUGACCACCAACCCCUCUCAGCUCCUGCCGCUCGAGCUUGUGGACAAAUGCAUAGGUUCGCGCAUCCAUAUUGUGAUGAAGAGCGAUAAAGAAAUUGUGGGAACGCUCCUGGGGUUUGAUGACUUUGUUAAUAUGGUGUUAGAAGAUGUUACAGAAUUUGAGAUUACACCUGAGGGCAGAAGAAUCACAAAACUAGACCAGAUUUUGCUAAAUGGAAAUAACAUAACAAUGCUGGUUCCUGGAGGAGAAGGACCUGAAGUAUAAAAUGAUACAGUUGUCAUCUAUGAAGACAUGUUUUUUUAUAUAUAUGUGUAUAUAUAAAAAAAUCUAAAUAGAGCUUUUUGGGGUAUGGGUGUGGGUGGGUUUUGGUGCGAGUUAUUUGUUUGGUUUUGUUUUGUUUUCACAUUCUUGCAGUUGACAUUUGAUAAGACAAGGAUUUCCUCUCCAGGAAAGGUGCAUUGCUAAUGAUAAUGCUGACUUUGUAAGUUGAAAUAAUGACUUUUUUUUUUGUAAAGAUGCAGUAAUCUGUUCUGAAUAAAAGGCUUUCUUUUUGUUA